UGUCGUCGCCCCUCCCGCCGUGAGCGCACGGAACGCACCCGCGAGCCACCCAGGCCCAGCUCAGCAAGGAGGCUGCCGGCCCCGCCCUCUGGAAGAAGAUGUCUUAUGGAUCCAUCCCUGGUGAAGGUGGUGCUUUCAGGGGACCCUCGAGACAAGGCUAUCAGCCCCUAGAGUGCGCUAGAUGUUGGACCGAGUAUGGAAUUCGCCAUUUCCCCUGCCCGUCGCCAGAGAGCAACUCCCAGGACCCCUGUGUGGGAAAGGACGGGGAAGGUGACCUGGGGCCAGCGGGUGCACCCAGAGUCCCAAGGGCCAGGAAGCGAGGGCCAAGGAUUGCCCCUGAAGGCAGCCGGAUACCAGAGCCCACCUCACCAUCCCCAACUGGCCUGAGGAAGGACUCAGCUGUGGGGUCCCAUGGUCGCAUGGUGGGGCCCAGUGCCAACCGGGCCAAGAAGAGGAAGCCCAACUUCUGCCCGCAGGAGACCGAGGUGCUGGUGUCCAAGGUGAGCAAGCACCACCAGCUGCUGUUCGGCACAGGGCUGCUGAGGGCUGAGCCCACCCGCAGGUACCGCGUGUGGAGCCGCAUCCUGCAGGCGGUGAAUGCGCUGGGCUAUUGCCGCCGCGAUGUCGUGGACCUGAAGCACAAGUGGCGGGACCUGCGGGCUGUUGUGCGACGCAAGCUGGGUGACCUUCGGAAGGCGGCCCAGAGUCCUGACCCGGGUUCUGGCCAGCCCCAGCCCCUGGUGCUCACGCCUGUGGAGCAGGUGGUGGCCAAGACCUUCUCCUGCCAGGCCCCAUCCCCUGAGGGCUUCAGCCUGGAGCCGCUCAGAGCCACCCAGGUCGACUCUCAGGACCUCCAGGAGCUCUUCCAGGAGACAUCAGCCAAUGUCUUCCGCAUCAACUCCAGUGUGACCUCCUUGGAGCGGAGCCUCCAGUCCAUGGGGACACCAAGUGACACCCAGGAGCUUCGGGAUAGCCUGCACAUGGCUCAACAGGAGACCAACAGAAUCAUCGGGGCCAGUGCCAGUGCUGUGAAGCAGAUGUCAGAGGUUCUGCGCGGCGCCUGCCCGGAUCGCCUGCAGCUGGACCAGCUGAAAAGGCAGCUGGCGGAUGCUCUUCAACGCUAUGGAGUGGUGCAGAAGAAAAUUGCAGAAAAGUCCAGAGCACUGCUUCCCAUGGCACAGAGGGGCAGCAAACAGAGCCCGCAGGUCCCCUUUGUGGAGCUGGCCAAUGAUGAGAAGAUCUUUAAUGGGAGUGAUAAUGUGUGGCAGAGCCAGGAGCAGGCGCUGCUUCCGGAUAUCACGGAGGAGGACCUGGAGGCCAUCCGGCUGCGUGAAGAGGCUAUCUUGCAGAUGGAGAGUGACUUGCUGGAUGUGGAUCAGAUCAUCAAGGACUUGGCCUCCAUGGUGUCGGAGCAAGGAGACGCCAUUGGGUCCAGCAGCAGCCAGGCCACUUGCCGGCGGAGCUCCAGCCCUGAGCCAGCCAUGGCAGCCCUGCUGCGGGGUGGGGGCCCAGGCUCUCCCCAACAGCCAGGCCCCCACCACCGCACCAAGACACGCAAGCCCAACUUCAGCCCCCAGGAGACUGAGGUGCUGGUGCAGAGAGUGAUACGCCACUACCCGCUGCUGUUUGGGGCGCUGCGGGGCACGCCAGCUCGGAAGCACCGCGUGUGGGGCAGGAUCCUGCAGGCGGUGAACGCGCUGGGCUACUGCCACCGAGACCUGGGCGACCUCAAGCACAAGUGGCGGGACCUGCGGGGCGCUGUGCGGAAGAAGCUGGCCGAGGGCGGCCCUGUCCCUGGCCUCAUCCUUACACCGGUAGAGCGCAUGGUGGCAGAGACCUUCUCUGCCCAGGCUCCCCCAGGCGAGGGCCAGGUCACAGAGCCCUUGCCAACCGAUGAGGAAGACGAGGCCCCCAGCUGCCUGUGGCUGCCCCUGCGGACCAUGGAUGGGCCCAGCCCGCCUGAACCCGACCCCCUGGACUUCCGAGGAACCUUCCACGUGCCCACCUCCUCACCCUCCCCACCUGCCUCCCCAGCUGCAGCCCCACCUGCAGCCACGUUUGUGGGGGCCUUCCGGCCUUCCCCACCCUCCUCAGCAUCAGUACCCACACCUCCCCUGCCUUCUGGGAAGACCCCGGCAGUGGCCUCCGAAGUGUCUGCUUUUGAGCAGCGGCUGCUGGACUCCCACCGGCGGCAGGGUGCCCUGCUGUCCUCCUGGGCCCAGCAGCAGAGUGCACUGAUGGCCCAGCAGAACCUGCUGCUGCAGCGGCUCGCAGAGCAGAGCCAGCGGUUGGCUGACGGGGUCGAGGCCCUCAAUCACACCCUCAAGAAGCUGGCAGAGGCACGCCCCAGCCAGGGAGCCUCGCCUUCUGUCCCAGAUGGCACCCUUGCUGGGGGACUGGCCCAUGGGCCCACCAGGAGCUCCCAGGACACCCCCGCUGAUGCCCAGCCAGGCCUCGAUGUCUUCUCAGGGAUGAUCCUAAAGGUUGGGUGGCUACCAUCUGGGUGCCAGUAGAAGAGGAGGUAGGAGCCAACCUGGCCACCUGGGGCCUGAGGGUCAGCCUGCAGCCUUUUUGGUGAGCCAGUGGGGCCUGGUCCUGAGCUGUUCUUCACACGGCCCAGUGUCAGUGACUGCUGUCUGUGAAAGACCCCAGACUGACGCCAGACAGCCAGCUGUCUUUGAAUGUGUCUUGGCCCUGCUUCACACUCUUCUCCCUCAAUGGGUUCCAUGGCUCUGUUCUGCAUGCAUGGGGGCCUCUACUCAAACGUAUCCCUCCCCAGGAAAGCCAUUCUCUACCCUUAACAUCCAGAUUUAUUUCAAACCACCCCGUCCAAGAAGCCUUUGUAAAUCUCCUUCUGGUUCUCGUCCACUAUAAACAUUCAUCGUGGUUGACAUUGACCUCUCUUAUGGCAAUGA